AUGAAAGGGUAUAUUGGAUCGGUGCCAUUUACAGAGGAAGGAGUUCCCCAUGUCACUUUGGAUCCUGGGAACAGUACCGUGGAAAAUGAGACUCAAAUUCUCUCCUUCGAUGAGAGAAGCUCUCUUCUUGAUUCUUAUCUUGAAGCCACCAGCGGUGUUCUAGAUCUUCUGACGGCAUAUGAGCUCGAAACCCUUCUUUCUGAUAAUCAGGGCAUUCUCACUCAGUCUUCACGUGUUUCUGGCGACCUGAAAGCCAUAUUUGACCUCGUGUUUGCCAUUGGAGCCCAGGCACGAGGAGUUGGCAAUGACCCGCAGAUUUCCACUUCUCAUUUCCUGCGCGCCCGUGGUACGGCUUUUCAGGGAAUGUUGAUGACCCAAACUUUAGAUAUGGUGCGGCUAUUUACUCUUCUCACGUUCUAUACCCUCGGUGCCUGCAACCGAAAUGCCGCAUCGAUGUUUCUGAGUGUUGCAGCAAAAGCUGCCGUCAUUUUGAGCCUCAACGCCACCGGAAAUCAUCAGAACUCCUCAGAAGAAGAGAUAUGCGCCAGGGUUUGGAUCAGCGUGCGAAACCUUGAUGUUUUGAGCAGCUUCAUUUUCGGGCGACCGAAAAGUUUACCCGCUCUUGCCACCGAUUGGCUUGAGUCUCCACAAUAUGAUCUUGGACGUGGGCGAAACUCAUGCCCCUUGUUUACUGCAAUGGCCAAAGCUUGCAAUCUACUUGAUCAGAUCGUUGAUACUCUAGGGAUUAACGGAAAUAUUCUCCAUGUUCCUGCUGCCGAGGAUCUGCUUAGAGCACCUGCGACAGUGGAGUCGAGAAUUGCCUCCGCAUAUCCGUCAGUUUCCGGUGAAAUGCAAUACGAAUGUCACGCUGCAACCUGCCGAUCGCCAAGCACUGCUUGGGAGCCUACACAUAUGGGGCGUGCAUUACUUCGCCGUACUGCUGAUUACGCGCCCAUUUCUCGUGGCAUACUUGAUGUCGAGAUUACGUGGGCGUGGGUCUUCGGCGCGGGCUUGGUCCUUGGGUUCUCAGUAUUCGCUGGGGAGCCCCGCAAAGACAUCGAGAGUGCAUUCCACAAUGCGCACAUCAUUCUGGGAGAUAUUGCAUUAACUAGCCCUCAAGCUAGGUUGUACCGCAACAUACUCACGAGCUUUGCCGAGGCAAUAAAUAAAUACAAACAGCGAGUGACCGACGAAAGAGAUUAUACUGUACAACAUUACAUGGACCGGGUGUUGAUUUUUGACGGAUCGCUAGAUGGUGAGAAUACCAGUGAAGAACGCUUCAGCACUAUUUCUCCAGUGUUGAGCUAUGGAUGGCAAUCAUAUUUGGCUACCACUUCCCAGUCGCAAUCGGUGGUUGAUUUAGCAGGUCUACCACCGUUCUCGGAUGUGAACGAACGCUUUGAUGUAGGACAUGAUGACUGCGCAGGAGUCGGACCUGGAUUUCUGGACUGCUUGCAACCGGAGCUUGAGUCAUUCGAUCAUUUGUUCUACACGGUUGAGUAA